UACUCAGUGCACUCUAUCUACAGCCUCAGCUCACACAGCGAACACAUCGUGUCCUCACUACCAGGCCUACUACAAACCCUUUGUGGAUAUUUUUCACUGCUCAACUAUGACUCUUGAGGAGAUUCACGGACAAGACAACACAGAGACAAACGACAGAAUGCAGGUCGUUGGCAAUGCCUUGGAGGAGCUUCUGGUUUCGUCCAAGAAACAAGACAGCCUGACAGUUGGAGUCUACGAAUCCGCAAAAGUCAUGAAUGUUGAUCCUGACAGCGUGGCUUUCUGCGUGCUGGCAACCGAUGAGGAGUAUGAGUGCGACAUCGCGCUCCAGAUCCACUUCACGCUCAUCCAAGCCUUCUGCUUCGACAACGACAUCAACGUCGUGCGGGUGAACGACAUCGAGCGCCUCGCCGGUAUCGUUGGCACCGACGAGUCGGGGGAACCCAAGGACGCACACUGCAUUCUUGUCACGAGCUCCAAUGUGGACUCGAUGAAAGAUCCAGCCUUGGACAAGCUCCGGGUGUUCUGCGAGGAGAGGCGCGGCGCGUACGACUGGGUGCCUACCAUCACUCUCCCCGAGCGCUGAGCAGGGUCCCUCUUCUCGACACAACUUCUGCAACAGAAGGAGAAAGGAACCUGUACUAGGCUGACUUCCAACCCAACGUUGGGGGUGCGAGAAGCUACCUCUCUGAAGAUGGACGAAGGAGGCAACACACCUCACCUGCAGUCAGAUUUCUGGGGGAACUCGCUCGCUGUCUCUACCUCUCCGGAUAAAGCCGGGAUGGCUGGAUGAGGUCGUGACAAGACAAAGAUGGACUUAAAAGGACGUUGGAAAGUUUCUGGGAAAGUCGAUGAGGAGUUGAAGAAGGGGCUUAGAGAUGGACUUAUAUGGUGGAUUUACCGUAUGUGUGUCUCUGUCUCUGUGACACCGUCCAUGCUUUGCACUGGAGGAGGGCGUGAAAGAAGAGGCAACGUGGAACUGGGAUGUGAUGACAUAGUAGGUGGAUAACAUGAUGAAUACUGAAGGACAAGAAAAAAAAGAUAUGAACUGGACUGAUGCUGUUUUUAAUGGGCCAAUGAUGGACAUAAUAACAUUUCUGGAAGAUUGUGAUUGAAGCAACAGCAUUAGCUGCCUAUAUGCACCUCCUGGAUACUCUAAAGACUGAAACACCAGAGUCAAUGCAAUUUGCAAUGCAAAAAAAAAAACAUAGGAAAAGCUGUUCUACAAGUAGCAAAAAAGUGACGCUGUAUUAUUAUUUGUGCUGAUGACAUGAAUAAAUAUUUCAUACGUUAAUAACAUAAUCACAUGUGUCUCGUUGCAUAUUUGCUGGGUAAUGUGAUGCUGCAGAGCAAUGCA